UCAGGAAUCCUGUUCGACUCGAUCGGCGAUCGGCCUCUCUUUAUAUUCAGAAACCAACCCGCAGAAAGCCUGACUUGACUUUGGAGAACUUUCAAAAGAAGAGAAACCUUAUCGACUGUAUUAUUUUUUCUUGUUCUGUGCUCGCGUGCUGGGAGAUUAUUGGCAGCAUGUCUUUUGCCAGCAUCCUACCGGACGACUCUGCGUUUGUUGAUUUCAAGGAUCAGUGUUUGUCCACCACGGGGAACUGGCACAACAAAUACGACAAACACGGGAUGCAAGUGUGGAUGGAAAUCCCCAAGGACAAGGGGAACAGCAACGGGCCGAAAGUGCACAAGAUCAAAUGUAAAAUGACAAUCAAAGAAGUCUCUGCAGCGACCAUGUACGAUGUCAUCCACGACAGCGAGUACCGGAAGAUAUGGGACCCCAACAUGGAGGAAGGAUAUGACAUCGCCCGCGUCUCCGACUGCGCUGACCUCGGUUACUACUCAUGGCGUUGUCCAAAACCGAUUAAGAACCGGGAUGUGGUGACACUCCGCUCGUGGCAAGUGACAGACAAGGAAUACAUCAUCAUCAACUUCUCGGUCAAACACCCGAAAUUCCCUCCUCGCACUAACAUGGUGCGAGCCGUUUCCAUCCUCACCGGCUAUUACAUCGAGCCCACAGGGCCCAACAGCUGCAAUUUCAUUUAUCUCUCACAAGCCGACCCCAAAGGUUUUCUUCCAAAGUGGUUGGUAAACAAAGCUUCUGAAGUCCUGGCGCCGCGGGUGCUAAAAUGCGUGCACGAUGCGGGGAAGCAGUACCCCAAGUGGAAGGAGCAGAACAAUCCGGGUAACAAGCCAUGGCUGUACCCCGAACAGUGCAGGCUGCCCCGAAUGAACCCGGCCGAACUCGCCAUCCAGCGAGGCGACUCGCUAGAGAAUGUGGACGAGAGCGCCAUGCUGGAUGAAAGCUUACAGAUGCCGAGGGACAAAAAAUGACUCACAAAUGACGCGUUUACACAUUUUAAAAUCACCUCAGGAAGUGCUCAGAUAAGCUAAAUGCGUUUUUACCUUUAAUAUAUAGAGUAGCACACCUGUUGGGCAUUUUUGUAGCACAACAUUAAAAAAACAGGCCUUUUAGUUGUUUUCGUGUUUGAAAGUUCGUUUGAUGAAAAUAACAUGUUUUUUAAAGAUUUUUACUUUUGGUGGCGUACUACCUUUUUUGUGCAAUUAAGUAAUUGUAUAUAGUUUUUUUGUACCAUGUUGUUUUAAUACAUGCUUACCUGAUGGAUAGAAAUGACUUUCAUAGCUCUGUUGUAUUCAUUUAACUUUUACUAUUGAAGAAAAGAAAUGAAGCCUGUUGCCAGAUGGAUUUUUCUGAUGAUUUUCAGCUGAUGUCUGCUUGUGAUUUUUGGGGGGAGAAAAAAAUAGACCACGUAAAAAAUAAAAAUAAAAUUUGGUUAAAAACAA